CCCGAAACCCAAGCAUAUCCCCUGACCAGGAAUCGAACCGUGACCUCCUGGUUCAUAGGUGGACGCUCAGCCCCUGAGCCACACCGGCCGGCCCCACAGAGCAGUUUAGAAUAGAGAUUGAAGAGGCCCGCCUCAGAGGGGCUGCGGCAUCCAGAUCCUGGUGGCAUUGCUGGCAAACUCUCUGGACAGUCCUUCAGGUCACUAGCCUCAGCUGCCCCUUAGCAACUCGAGGAAAAUAGGACCUACUUUGCAAGGAGUUAUAACAGGCCGAGUAGAGCAUGCGGACAGCGCUUACGGCCACGUCUGGUAUGUUGUAAGCUGUAAAUACCAGCUGCUGUAAUAAUAUUAAGGAGAUUAUGUAAAGCUCCCAACAACCUUCAUCGGGAGGCCGCGCCCUGGACGGCAAAGCCCCUCCCCGCCUCCUUGUCCCCCAGACGUGACACCCUCGGAGGAUGAGUCCCUGCCCACCCCUUCUGACUCUUACUCAGCAAUGCCGCCCUCACACUCACUCAUCACGUAGAAGGGUCCCCGGGUCGGAGCGGGGCCUUGCCCAGGUCACACAGCGAGACGAGAGCAGAGAUGGGGCUGAAAGCGAGGCAGAGGCAGUGCCCAGGACGUCUCCCCCAGCCCCCUGCAUCCCCAUGGACUAACUCCGCCCCCAGGGAUGUUUCACAGAACAGGGGAGGCUAACAGGCCUCCAGCCUCCCCCUUUCACCGGAUGGCGGACUUUAAGCCCCUCCUCCGCAGAGGUUCUGGGGCUGCUGGACCCUGGCACCUGGCUCAGCCCGGGGCUCCAUCCCCAGCGGAACUAGCCACAGUCGCAGAGCCUCCUGGUCCCUCCACAACCAUCAUCUCGCUGACCUUCGUGGCCUUGAACAGGCAGAGGGCUGUCCCCGUCAAGGUUAAGGAGACCCGCCCAAGGGCACACAGCAGGGACCAGGGACCGGAGCAGGCUUCCAGGAGCUUGUCCUGAGCACAUCACCGUCCCAACGAGGUCUGGGGAGGACCCGCUUCUGGGAUUAGAGGACCGGACAGGCCGUGGACAGCUGCUCAGAGCUGCAUCCCGGAGCUCAGAAGCCCCGGGGGCUGGCAAGGAUCAGGGUUCGGUUCCCCGGAACCUCUACUGUCCUCCCUCCCAGGCGGGCGGCCUUUGUCCUCACAGCUGAUAGGCAGGCUGAGCGGGAGGAUGCAGACCUUGGAGCCCCAGGUGGGGGAAGGGGGGUGCAGAGUCCCAUCUCCCGCUUCCUGUGAGACAUCAGGGAGCCCCUUAGCCCCCCACCCAGUGUCUUCAUCUACAACGCAGAGCUAAGAACCCCCCACUGGGGUGUCCUGUGGAUUAAGGGAAAGAGUAUCACACAUCAGGGGCCUGCAUGCAGGAGGCGAUUAAUUAUGGCGGUUAUCAGUAUGAAAAUGAGGAAGUGGGAAGGGACUCCGGCCCCCUCGCCUCCAAGGACCACUCCUUCUCUCAGAGGCUUUUUGAAAUCCAUCAAAGCCCUCGCUAGCCCCCACAGGAGCCUGGCGGUACUGACGGGCAUGGUUGCCAUGCUCCCACCGCGGGGAGAUGCCAGUCCAGCCCCGGCUGAGAGAACAUGUGAGCCGUCGGCCUCUGCAGCCUCGCCUGGGGACUUCGGUCCUUUCUGCUCAGUGUCUUGAGAUGUCAGUUUCAAGCUCCUGUACAGUCCUCCCCAGAUGCCAGGCUGGUCCCGCUCCCCUGCCGUGGCUCCCUCGCCAUGCACGCAAGCAGUGUGGGGCCCAGAGACGGCUGUGCCUGGGGCCUGCCCGGGAAGGGCCAGGGCCAGAGGGGACGGGCAUGCAUGGAACGAGGCGUCAGGAAGAGUAACAGGCCUUUAGCUGAGCGGCAUUUCAGAGCCAGGCACUUCGGAUGCCAUCGUCCCCAUCGGCGGGGGGACGCAGGACAGCCGGAAAGCAGGGGCUGCGUGAUUGCGGGCAAUCACACGGCUGGGAAGGGUCGGCUUUGAGAUUCAGAGCCAGGAAUGCUGGAAUUGGGGUGAGGCAAUGAGGCCCUCGUCCCAGCAUACAAUUUAAGAGGGGCACACAGCAAACCCUCCGUAAUCAGGAUAAACACUAUGGUAAUGUAAUAUGUCUAGAGACCAAGUAGCAAACUACCCUCCUGAACACAGGUGACUAUCCACGGGUGGCAGGCCAUCUGCUUUUGUCAAGUUUCGUCGGAACCAGGGCCAGGAUUAGGGCAAGGCGUGACGGCGGGGUGUGUGUGCAAGGGCAGGGUUGGAUCCUGUCUUUGUUCAAAACUGUGUUUAUUACGGACGUUUUGCAUUGUUUUCCAUUUUUAAAUAUUGCAUUGAACUGUCAUCUGCUUGAUUGCUGAGUCCUGAGGCACUUCCUUGAGUGUCGCACCCAAGGCGAGGGCCGCCCUUGCCUCCCCCUGAUCUUGUCCUGCUGAGGUGUGAGGCGCGGGUCAGUGGCGGGCGCAGCGCCUGGCUCAUCGGAGGAGGCGCUGCGGCCGGGGAGGCGCAGCCGCGGGCCAGCAGCUCCGCUUCUAACAGGGCCUUUCGGGGCUGAGCCCAGGUCGCCGCUGGGGCUACGGAGCUGCUCAGAGGCACCUGGGAGUUGGGGGCAGCAGCACCCAAUCUAAGAGCCAGGAGACCUCGGGCGACCCGGUGCCUUCUUCCCCCUUUUCUCUGGGCCUCGGUUGCUCCAUUUGCGCAACGGGCAUUGCACAGCACUGAGCUCAGACCGGAGGGACAAGCGGCGAGCAGGGCACCUGUCCAGGGCGGUGCCCACCAGCUGCCUCGCCGGGAAGCCCAUCAGGCACAUCCGGUCCCAGCCUCCCACCCAGCGCCUGACUUUGGUUAAGGACGGAGGAUGCAACGAGACUCGGUGAUGACCUCCCCCUGAGGAAGCCCCGCCGUGAGACCAGAGGAAGGGGCCGCCCCCUCGGCCCCACCCGCCGCCAUGAACACCUCGGCCCCACCCGCCGUCAGCCCCAACAUCACCGUCCUGGCACCAGGAAAGGGUCCCUGGCAAGUGGCCUUCAUCGGCAUCACCACGGGCCUCCUGUCCCUGGCCACCGUGACGGGCAACUUGCUGGUGCUCAUCUCCUUCAAGGUCAACACAGAGCUCAAGACCGUCAACAACUACUUCCUGCUCAGCCUGGCCUGCGCCGACCUCAUCAUCGGCACCUUCUCCAUGAACCUCUACACCACGUACCUGCUGAUGGGCCGCUGGGUCCUCGGCACGCUGGCCUGCGACCUCUGGCUGGCCCUGGACUACGUGGCCAGCAACGCCUCGGUCAUGAACCUGCUGCUCAUCAGCUUCGACCGCUACUUCUCCGUGACCCGGCCCCUGAGCUACCGCGCCAAGCGCACGCCGCGCAGGGCGGUGCUGAUGAUCGGCCUGGCCUGGACGGUGUCCUUCGUGCUCUGGGCGCCGGCCAUCCUCUUCUGGCAGUACCUGGUGGGCGAGCGGACGGUGCUGGCCGGGCAGUGCUACAUCCAGUUCCUCUCCCAGCCCAUCAUCACCUUCGGCACCGCCAUGGCCGCCUUCUACCUCCCGGUCACGGUCAUGUGCACGCUCUACUGGCGCAUCUACCGGGAGACGGAGAACCGGGCCCGGGAGCUGGCGGCCCUGCAGGGCUCCGAGACGCCAGGCAAGGGCGGCGGCAGCAGCAGCAGCUCGGAGCGGUCCCAGCCGGGGGCUGAGGGCGCGGCGGACACCCCCCCGGGGCGCUGCUGCGGCUGCUGCCGGGCCCCCAAGCUGCUGCAGGCCUACAGCUGGAAGGAGGAGGAGGAGGAGGACGAAGGCUCCAUGGAGUCCCUCACGUCCUCGGAGGGUGAGGAGCCGGGCCCCGAGGUGGCGAUCAAGAUGCCCAUGGUGGACCCCGAGGCGCCGGCCCCUGCCAAGCAGCCCCCCCGGAGCUCCCCGAACACGGUCAAGAGGCCGACGCGGAAGGGCCGGGAGCGCACGGGCAAGAGCCAGAAGCCACGCGGGAAGGACCAGCUGGCCAAGCGGAAGACCUUCUCGCUGGUCAAGGAGAAGAAGGCGGCGCGGACCCUGAGCGCCAUCCUGCUGGCCUUCAUCCUCACCUGGACGCCGUACAACAUCAUGGUGCUGGUGUCCACCUUCUGCAAGGACUGCGUCCCCGGGACGCUGUGGGAGCUGGGCUACUGGCUCUGCUACGUCAACAGCACCGUCAACCCCAUGUGCUACGCGCUCUGCAACAAGGCCUUCCGGGACACCUUCCGCCUGCUGCUGCUCUGCCGCUGGGACAAGCGGCGCUGGCGCAAGAUCCCCAAGCGCCCCGGCUCCGUGCACCGCACCCCCUCCCACCAGUGCUGAUGGCCCCGCCCUCGCCCUCCACCCCGGUCCCGGGGGGCACCCGGUCGAGCUGGCAGCAGGGGCCGUGACCUCAGGCCCCGGGCCCUGCUCUGUCCUCACAGGCUCCCCAGGCCCCUAGGUCACCUUCCUGGACAGCCAGAGAGACCCUGCCAACUCCACUCUGCCAUUCCCAGGCAGGGAGCGACCCGGGGAACUGGUUUUUCUGUCCCCUGCCGGGUGGGAACGGGCUCUCCACCAGGAAGAAGGCAGGAGGAGGAUCCGGCCCUUGGAUUCCUUGUUUGCAUUUAGGCAGGAAGUCUACCAGGAGCCAGCAGGGCGAGCCAGCAGAGAGGUUUACCACGCAGUCAGCCCCGGCCCCUUGGCUGGCCUGGAUGGCGGUGGCGAAUGGCGCCCUCUGUGGCCACCGCGGGGAACUGGCACCGAACACUGAGAGAAAAGCUUGGCUCUUAGGGACCAGCCCCUGGCCCUUCCGCAGGCACAGCCCACUCUGCUGGGCUCUGGGCUCACUUUCCAGAACGCCCAGCCUCCCUCCCAGUGUCCGCAGAGCGACCCUGUGGGGUCCCCCUCCAGGCAGAUGUCCAAGCAUCAGCAGGACAGUGGCACCAGAGGGGACCAGCUUGGCUAGUCGCACGGCAAGUCCCACGGCAGCAGCAGGGCCCACGCCAGGUGUCCUGGUGUCCCAUUGGGUCAUUUCCUGGGGAGUGAGGGCAGGGUGCCUGCUGUCCAGCCUCACGCCUAUACCCCCGCCCCAGAGGAACCCUCAGUCCCUCCUGGCUCCCAGCCGCCACCUGGGUAGGUCUGCUCCGUGCAGAUCUAGCCAGGCCUCCUGCAUGCUGCCUGCCUGCAGCCCGCCCCACACAGGCCCGGCCCAGCCAACAGGGCGUCUCCUGUGAGCCCCCCAGUCCCGCCCAUGCAUGGCCUCCCAGCCACCCUCAUCUCCAGGCCCAGCCUGGCCCCAAAUAUCCUUUCCUUCCAUCUCAGCAAGUGCUGAGUCUGAAUAAAGCCUCGUAACCCACGAAUGCUGAGGUCCUUCCUCCCUGUGUGGGACCCAGGACCUGG